AUGGCUGAUGCCAACGGCAAUGGCAGCGGUGCCGUUGGACACGAGAACAUCAACACCGAUAUCAUCACUCUCACCCGGUUCCUGACCGAGGAGCAGACCAAGCACCCCGAAGCCACUGGUGACUUCACACUCCUUUGCCAUGCCCUCCAAUUCUCCUUCAAAUCUAUUGCCUACUACAUUCGUCGUGCCACCCUGAUCAACCUUACCGGUCUAGCUGGCUCCUCCAACACCACUGGUGAUGACCAAAAGAAACUCGACGUGAUUGGCAAUGAUGUUUUCGUCGCUGCCAUGCGCGGCUCGGGAAAAUGCCGUCUCCUCGUCUCUGAAGAAGAGGACCAAGCCAUCCUCUUCAACGAGAGCCCUAAUGCUCGCUACGCCGUUGUCUGCGAUCCCAUUGAUGGCUCCUCUAACCUCGACGCCGGUGUCUCCGUCGGCACCAUCUUCGGCAUCUUCCACCUCCCCGACGAAGUCCUCGGAGCUGACAAGACGGUCUCGGCCCAGGACAUCCUCCUCCCAGGAACCCAGCAGGUCGCAUCUGGAUUCACCAUGUACGGCGCCUCAGCACAGCUUGUCAUUACCGUGAAGACAGGAACGGUCAAUGGCUUCACUCUCGACAACGCUCUAGGUGAAUUCAUCCUCACCCAUCCUAACAUGCGCAUCCCACCUAGCCGCUCAAUCUACUCCGUCAACGAAGGAAACUCGAUGUACUGGCCUGAUUGGGUCAAGAAGUACUUUGAGGAACUCAAAUAUCCUACCAAGGAAGGUGGAAAGCCAUACAGCUCGCGAUAUAUCGGUAGCAUGGUUGCUGACGCAUACCGAACGCUGUUGUACGGUGGUAUCUUUGCGUACCCGGCUGACUCGAAGAGCCCCAAGGGUAAGCUGCGUAUUCUGUACGAGUGUGCACCCAUGGGUCUCAUCUUUGAGAACGCAGGUGGUCUCGCUAUCAACUCUAAGAUGGAGAGGUUGUUGGAUGUGGUGCCAGAACAUAUCCAUGACAGGAGUGGAAUCUUCAUGGGCAGUAAGAAUGAAGUUGAGAAGGUCAUGGAUGUGCACAAGCGAUUCGAAUCUGCUGGUUCCAGCUAA